GUGGAUACAGUUGUGAAGAUCACUUUUAUGAAAGUGAUACAUUCUUACAUUCUUGGGAGGUAUUAGCAGAACUUUUAAAUGCUCCUUUAUGUAAAGAUAUUCUCAUAGAUGUAGGCAUGCCUGUGAUGCAUAAAAAUGUUUGUUACAAUUGUAGAGUAAUAUUUCUAAAUAAGAAGAUUCUUUUGAUCAGGCCCAAGAAGAUUUUAUGUGACAGCGGAAAUUAUAGGGAAUCCAGGUGGUUUACUUCAUGGAAAAAAAGUUGUCAAGUGGAGGAUUUUUUUCUACCAAGAAUGAUCAGCAGUAUUACUGGCCAAACGACAGUUCCUAUUGGCGAUGGCGUUAUAUCUACUUUAGAUACAUGCAUCGGUUUCGAAAUUUGCGAAGAAUUGUGGUGUGGUAGCAGUUCACACAUUCCGCUUUCUUUAGACGGUGUCGAAAUAAUUUGUAAUUCCUCAGGAAGUCAUACAGAGUUAAGAAAAGGUUACGUUGUCGUAGAUUUAGUCAAGAAUGCGACUAUGAAAUGCGGAGGUUGUUACGUUUAUAGCAAUUUAAGAGGAUGCGAUGGACAAAGAGUGUAUUUCGAUGGAGUGUCUUGUAUUACAUUGAAUGGAAAUGUGGUUGAGCAGAGCCAGGCAGUUUGCAUUGAGUGAAGUUGAAGUUAUUGCAUCUACUAUAGACUUGGAAGAUAUUAGAUCCUAUCGCCAUUGCCUCAGAUCGAAUGCCACUUUAGCAUCAUCUUCGCUUAGUUAUCCAAGAGUUGUUGUGGAUUUUUCUUUAUCAUUAGAACACGAUGCUACAUUUCCUACAGCUGUUCCGAUUGAUUGGCACUUUCUUGAGCCCGAGGAGGAAAUUGCUCAGGGUCCAGCGUGUUGGUUAUGGGAUUAUCUUAGAAGAUCAGGACAAGGAGGGUUUUUCUUACCUCUAAGCGGUGGCGUAGAUUCUUCAAGCACUGCAGUCAUAGUUUACUCAAUGUGCAAUCUUGUAUUGGAAUCUAUUCACCAAGGAGGGGAUCAAAAAGUGUUAUCGGACUUAAGAAGAAUACUCGCUAGUCCGGAAUAUACUCCGAAAAAUGCGCAAGAAUUGUGCAAUAAAAUAUUGUUCACUUGUUACAUGGCCAGCGAAAAUUCUUCCAAAGAAACCAGAACGCGUGCGGACAUCUUGGCGGGAUCGCUUUGCAGCACUCACACGAACAUCAUAAUCGACAAAGCGGUCACCGCUUGCAUUGAAAUUUUCACUACAGCGACGACUUUAAUCCCGAAAUUUUCAUCGAACGGAGGUUGCGCUCGUCAAAAUUUGGCGCUUCAAAACAUCCAAGCCAGAAUUAGAAUGGUUUUGUCGUAUCUGUUCGCUCAACUCAUGCUGUGGACGAGAGGAAGACCGGGUGGGCUUUUGGUGUUGGGUAGCGCAAACGUCGACGAAUCGUUGAGGGGUUAUUUAACUAAAUACGAUUGUUCCAGUGCCGAUAUUAACCCGAUCGGAGGCAUUUCAAAGACGGAUUUAAGGAGAUUUAUGAAUUACGCCAAAACAAAGUUCAAUUUACCGAUUUUAAAUGAUAUUAUAGCCGCCCCGCCUACAGCCGAAUUGGAGCCAUUGAAACAAGGCGCUCUGGCUCAAACUGACGAAGAAGACAUGGGAAUGACUUACGAGGAACUUAGUCAGUAUGGUAGAUUGAGGAAAAUCGAAUGUUGCGGGCCAUAUUCGAUGUACUGUAAGUUGGUUCAAACGUGGUCGUCGAAGUAUACGUCAAAACAAGUUGCUGAGAAAGUGAAGCAUUUUUUCCGGUGUUACGCUAUUAACAGGCAUAAAAUGACUGUCGUUACACCAUCAUACCAUGCCGAAUCUUAUAGUCCAGAAGACAAUAGAUUUGAUUUACGUCCAUUUUUGUAUAGAGCCAACUGGUCUUGGCAGUUUAGAGCCAUCGAUAAACAGGUGGAAUAUAUUGCAAGUGUUAAGAGAAGCGGUUCAGUAGAAAAUAGUUUUAGUUCAAGGACAAAAAAUAGUGAUGCUUCUAGUAGAUUACGUGCUGGAGUUGCAGUUUAACGAUUAUUGCAUCAUAAAAGUAUAUCAAUCUCGCGAUAUAUUGAUCCAGUUGAAUUCUAUUAUAGAUUAACUUUACUGUAAUUGUUAAUUAGAUAAUAAGACGGUAGCAAUAUACAAUUAUUAUGAUUUUAUAUUUAUACACUCGUCUUGUUUAGUCGUCUUACUGUUACUAUUUUAGAUCUAUUUUAAUAAAUACCUUUACAGCC